UUAUUUGUGAUGUUUUUCCAUUUCAAUCAUUUUCUAUAAUAUAAUCUGCCAACUCUUAUAUUCAUGGAAAAUUGCAUGGAUUGCAUCAGUUUAAAUCAGAGUUGAAUACGGUUGGAGUGAAAAUAUCAAAAAAAAAAAUUUAAAAUUAGGGUUUCGUUAUUUUCAAAUAUUUGUUUUGUGAAUGAUGAAUCACACUAUGAAUAUUCUCGAUACUACUAUUGCCGGAUCGACGGAAAUGGAUGAUUUUAUACCGCGGGACUAUCAGCGGCAAAUGAAGGAGAUCUGUUUAAGAAAAAAUACGAUCAUUUAUCUUCCCACUGGAGCCGGAAAAACUCACAUCGCUCUUAUGGUUAUAAAAGCUAUGGCCCAGAACGGUGAUCUAGACAAGCCUCUACUGCAAGGAGGUAAGCGUACCUUUUUUAUCGUUAACACAGUAGCUCUAGCUAAACAGCAAGCAGAAUUCAUCGGGCGAAACGUCCAGUACGACACGUCUAUAUACACGAGCGAUCGUAAUGUCGACACUUGGAAACAAGAUCAAUGGCUGAAGGAAUUUGCAGAGUUUAAGAUCAUAAUUUGUACCUGCCAAAUUUUGUUGGAUGUUCUGAAACACGGUUAUCUAUCAAUCAAACAUAUUAACUUGCUCAUAUUCGACGAGUGUCACCAUGGUGUUGGAGAGCAUCCGAUGCAUGGAAUAAUGGAACAAUUUUUGCGUGUGCCAAAAUCGGAUCAACCCCGUGUAAUCGGUCUCUCAGGAAUGCUCCUGUACAAACAAAUCAAAUCAGUAGACGUAGUGAAAGAAGAGCUAGAACGGCUUGAAAAUACGUUCUUAGCUACGAUUGCUACCGUUGGUAGUUACGAUGAUUACACUGAGGUCUGUAAGUUUUCAACUAAUCCUAUCGAAAACUUAUUAUCGUUCACUGUAUGUCCGAAGUCUCCUGUGAUGUGCGAUAUAAUACAAAAUGUGAACAUUUUUAUUAAAUCCGUAGCGGAUUUUCAUUUGCCUAAAUAUUUGAAUCAGAAUAAAUCACUUGAGCGUGAUCUUCCAAAGCCUAAAAAGCAGAUCAGGAAGUAUUUCAACGAAUUUCUCUACCAACUUGAGGAUCUGGGACUAUACGGUGCUUCAAUAGCAAUACUCGGUCUUAUUGUACAGUUUGAACUAGACAAACGAGAGUCGGACAGCUCAUAUCUAAGAUUAUUGUUGAGAUCAUGUAUAACAUUUUGUGAGAGUAUGCGUCAUAAAAUUGUGAAGCUAAUGAGCGGAAUGUCCGCCCAGGAACAAUUGACUAGAUUCUCAUCAUUAAAAGCCCGGCAGCUGAUCAAGCAUCUGGAGGAAUCAUAUCGUACACACCGUGCCAAACAAGCACGAACAUUGGUUUUUGUAAAACGACGCUUUUCAGCUAAAGUGCUGUAUCAUUUGUUGAAGAUAUAUUUUGCUCAAACCAACACCGAUUUAAUUCUGCCUGAUUUCAUGGUUGGGAGUAACGGAUCAAUGCCGGAGUCAAUCGAACAGAUUUUGUCGGCAAAGAAAGACCGCAGGGUUUUGGAGAAAUUUAAAAAAAAUGAGACAAAUGUUAUUGUAACGACUAACGUACUCGAGGAAGGGAUAGAUUUGCAAAUGUGCAACAUGGUGAUCAAGUUUGAUCGCCCGGAAACUUUUGCUUCGUAUGAACAAUCCAAAGGCCGCGCUAGAAUGAGGGAUAGUCAAUAUGUGGUCAUGCUGGACAUGGAAAGUAGACAAAAAUUUCUAAAUCAAUACAAACUAUACAAAGACAUCGAACAUGAGUUAGAAAAUUGUUUGGUUGGUAAAACCAUUAACAGACCGGAUCCUCUAGAUGCUGAUGUACAUAAAGAACUAUUCAACGAAAUAAUUCCACCGUUCUUCACACCGAAUGGAGCUAAACUAGAUGCUCUUUCCGCCAUUCAACUUUUAAAUAGGUAUUGCAUGGGAAUGCCCCGAGAUGCAUUCACAAAUACAAAUGUAAGCUGGGAGAGAAACGAUCUAAAAGAUGGCAGAAUAAUCGUUGAGGUACUACUUCCAAUGCAAUCUACUGUUAGAGAAAAAAUAACUGGCAAUCCUAUGCGAAACGUCAAACUCGCGAAACGAUCGGCUGCGUUCAAUGCAUGCAAGCGCCUCUAUGAAAAUGGGGAGUUGAAUGAUCAUCUUAUACCGAUCGAUCCGAAAAGAAAGCUCCUGAAUUUAGUGAAUGUAUACUUUACCCACUGGGAACAAUUUGCAGAUGACACCGACAAAGUUGCAGGAACUAUGAAGUGUAUUCGCAGCCACGACAUACAAUAUCCUCCGCAAACGAGCGGUUGUUAUCCUCAACCAGCUCAGCCUUGCUAUAUUUAUGUCCUUAGGAUGACUGCGGGAUUCGAAAAAGAUACGAGAAACGAAAACAUAAGCGUUUUUCAUUCUUUGUAUUCUUCGGCUAAUAAUUUCGGGAUUAUGACAAUCAAACCCCUUCCUGCUCUAGCGAAGAUGAAAUUUUUCGUAACCCUGGGAUUAAUAAACGUUUGUAUUGAUCAACAACCGAUUUCAAUACCUAGUGCUGGUUCGGAAGCGGAUUUAGAACUUCUUAAAAAUUUUCAUGUAAUGAUUUUUCGUGACAUAUUAAAUCUAUGGAAGCAGUUUUUGGUGUACGAUAACACGAAUGGUGCUAACAGCUAUUUGAUAGUGCCUUUGAAAAACUCGGUUGAAAUUGAUUGGAAACUGGUGCGUGAUUUUCAGUACCUAGAAAGACCAUCCGAAAUGCCAAUAAGAGCACGUGAGAAGAUGACUCUUGAUCCGCAACACUAUCGGCACCGGGUAAUAUUACCGUGGUACAAAAGUAAUCCUGAGUCGAACUACAUUGUCACGAUGGUCCAUGAACAUUUAACACCAGAGAGUCCAUUUCCUAAUCCAGAGUACAAUUCUUACGAGGAUUACUUCAAAACUGCCUACCACCAACACAUCGUAAGGAAGGACCAGUUCCUCAUUGAAGUAAAAGGGAUCACAACUCAUUUGAACAGGCUGUGUCCUGGUGCUGAAGAUGACGGUAAGAGUGCUCGAUCGAAGCAUUGGCGUUUUAAUGAAAUUCUCAUUCCUGAGCUGUGCCAUAAUUAUGAAGUUCCCGGUGAUUACUGGCUUAAGGCUACGUUAUUGCCGAGCACGUUACAUCGAAUACAUUAUCUGUUGCAUGCGGAAAACAUUCGUCGGGAGCUUGCUACUGCAGCAAACGUCGGAUGUUUGGAGAAUAUUGUAAUCGAGGAUCUCGAUGUAGAGUACAAAGAUCGCACGGAGAAGGAAUGCACGGCAAUGGACUAUUUGCAUUUUGAAGACGAUGAAGAUGAUGAUGACAUGUUUGAUUAUGAAGAAGCUAAACAAAUGCUAGGGAAACCGGAAGAUUUGAGUCAGCUCUUAAGGAAUCAGUUGAACUGUUUCACAGGUGACAUCGAAAUGCCGUGGGCUGAAAAUGAUGAGCCAGCCGAUAUCGAACGCAAUUGGGAUAACGUAACGAAAUUAGAUCUAGAUUAUUAUGACAGUUUUGUUCGAAAGUUUGCUGAUCUUAAUAUUCGUCAAAAAAUUGCUAGCAAUAUCGGUACAAGUUACACGGGUGCAAUACACAGGCGAGUUACUCUAAGUCCCAAAAAAGUUCUGGCGAUUUUGGAUGUACCAAUUGAUGAAAAGUUCAAAAUUAAACUGUUACAACUGACACCGCAAAACACGGUACGAAUUAACCUUCAACAGAAGGAUAUUAUAAAAGCGUUAACAACCAAAUCAUCUGCAGAUGUGUUUGAUUUGGAACGAUUUGAGCUGUUGGGGGACGCGUUCCUAAAGUUUGCUACGUCGGUGUAUCUUGUGAAACAUCAUAAAGAGUGGCACGAAGGGUUCCUUACGGCAACAAAAGGAAAAAUUGUAAGCAACCGAAACUUGGUCUAUUGUGGUAUGCUUUGUGGUUUGCCCGGUAUGUUAAAAAUUAGCCCGCUAGAUCCGAAAAACGAUUGGCAGCCACCGCUGGCAACGGUUCCUGUUCAAAUCAAGACUGAAAUGGUAAAAGUAAAUCAUUCAGCGAGAGUGUUAUAUAAAUUGACUUUGUCGGAAGAGGAAAUCAAAACAGGCAUAAUAGGUUCUGAUAAUUUCGAAAACUUUUGUGCUGAAUUAGAUGUAAAAACGAAGAUUCUUGACACCUCCCCGAUGCAGAACUACCUGUCUAAACAGGUAAUGGGCGACAAAAUCCCUGCUGAUGCUAUGGAAGCCCUACUUGGGGUUUGUGUGAACACUGUGGGUAUAAAAAGAUCUUUCAAAGCAUUAUCUUAUUUGGGAAUUCUGCCAAAAACUGAAAACUUGAUUACUCUUCUCGAUGAACCAAUACAAAGCCAACGACUUAAAGCAAAUGCUUUAAACAGUGAAAUCGAUACAUUCCUUGGGAAUCAUUCACGUAUCGAGAGCAUUCUCGGUUACACAUUCAAAGAUCGAGCAUUUCUGCUGCAAGCUUUAACCCAUGCGUCCUUUCCAACUAACCGUAUAACCGGAUCUUAUCAGCAACUAGAAUUUCUAGGAGAUGCUGUCCUGGAUUUUCUAAUAUCAUCUUACAUAUAUGAAAAUAAUCCAAAGAUGAGCCCGGGUCAACUAACUGAUCUCCGUUCCGCACUAGUGAAUAAUAUUACAUUAGCUUGUCUACUCGUACGUAACGGCCUUCACCUAUACAUCCUUUCGGAAUCCGCUUCUUUUACUGAUACUGUGAGCAAGUUUGUUGCCUUCCAAGAACAACAUGAACAUAAAAUAACCGAUCAGGUUAAUCUACUGGUGGAGGAAGCAGAUAAACCAAUGGCUGAUUUCGUAGAUGUUCCCAAAGCUCUUGGUGAUGUCUUCGAAAGUUUAGUUGGUGCGGUUUUCCUGGAUUCAGAAAACAACCUAGAAGUAACGUGGAAGGUGAUCUACAACUUAAUGUAUCGAGAGAUUUUGAACUUCACUCAAAAUACUCCGAUUCAAAUUGUUCGACAAUUGUACGAAUUCAAGCCCCCGUGUUCACCACAGUUUAGUCAAGCAAUCGUAGACGAAGAUACUGUACUGAUUAAACUGCGCUACAAAAUUAGAAACCAGACUCACGAAGCAUAUGGCUUUGGUCAAAACAAGGAUGAUGCGAAACGGGCAGCUGCCAAGGUAGCUCUUCAGUUCCUGCGGCGUCAGUUUGAGUUAUAAUGGUAAUUUCUUACCGAAUGAUUGUGAACAGAGCUUUCAAUGAAUUGAUUGUUUGAUUUUUUAGUAUUACUCGUAUUGACAUUCUGCAUUCAAUGAAAAAUUCGGACUUCUAUUUGGAAUCAAUACAAUUAUAUAUUGAACCUUAUAAAUAAAACAUAGCAUGUUCCUGUCAAAAGAAGAGACAACUAAAAAACAACUUUUAAACAUGCUACAAAUUGUAGUGUUUACUACCAUUUUUCAAUAGGUAGCUUUAAAGGUUGCACCAUUUGGCAUAGAGGUUAUUAGACAUAUGAAGACAAACACGAGAAAAGGUCCUAAGUGCAAAUGACAGUUUCUCUUUGUUCACUUUCUCUUUCGAGUAUUACGGUCCAAUCUGCAAUCUUUCCAUCUAACACUUUACAUAGGAUAAUAGCAAAAACCAUCAACUUUCGAUAUGCACUAUAGAAUUUGUUGGAAAUUACUGGAAUUUGCCGUAAUAAUUGAAAGAGAAAGUAAACCAAGAGAAACUGUCAUUUGCACUUGGGACCUUUUCUAAUGUUCAUCGAGAUAUGACCAUGGCAUAAAGGUUAUUUUGGCAUAAAUCAAUUGGCAUAAAAUAUAAAAAUAAUUCAGACGAAUUACAAUUAUUUAUUUAACUAAUAUUUUCCGAAAAUUCAUAUGACUCGUGAUCUUCUAGUAAAAGCCGCCGCUGCCGUAAGCCGUAUGCCAAAUAACCAUAUGCCAAAAUGAACUUCAUGCCAAAUGACCAUAUGCCAAACGACUUUUAUGCCAAAUGGUUUUUAUGCCAAAUGUCUUUAUACCAAAUGACCUUUAUGCCUAAUGACCAUAUACCGAAUGACAGUAUGCUUAAUGACCGCCGGUGAAAUGACAUGUUACCAAUUAUAGAACGUUACGAAGAAUUAAUAUACCGUGGAAAACAUCCAGAUGAAUCAAUAUUCGAAACAGACAAUUGAAGCAAAAUAAACUAGCAUACAAGGAUAAAUUUUUUAAUAUUACCAUUUAAUUCUGUUAUAAGUAUAUCACGUCACUAUACAAAUUCACUAUGUAUCUCACAACACUAUAAAUUAUGUAUAAUAAACGUCACAUCACAUAUACGCAUUUCGAAUACAAUUUAUAUUCUUCUUCACCUAACACACUGAAGAAGAAUAUAAAUUGUAUUCGAAAUGCGUAUAUGUGAUGUGACGUUUAUUAUACAUAAUUUAUAGUGUUGUGAGAUACAUAGUGAAUUUGUAUAGUGACGUGAUAUACUUAUAACAGAAUUAAAUGGUAAUAUUAAAAAAUUUAUCCUUGUAAAAUCAUUCUGUUCAAACACUCAAACGAAAAGCCGAAUCAAGAUGAGUAGGUUUAUUAAAUUCACUAGAAAUUUUAUUCACUGCCCAACGAUACAAUGACAAAUGGUUCUAAACUCAUUUUCGUUUAAUUUGGAUCAUGUUUUUAUUAUUAAAGAUAACUAUAAGAUGAAUUAAUUCUACGCAAUCUUUCGUCGGUUUCGUUUUCUCAAAAAUACACCUUCUGUUUCGUCUUCGACGCGUCUAUAACGUAGCAGAGCAGAUAAGCCUGAACAGCUAGCCAGACUAAAGUUUUGAGUUACUUGGAACACUCUUCUGCUAAUUGCACCAGUCGUUAAUCGCUCGAUUGUCUGUUCCGACAGACGUUGCAGCCCAUUAAUAGUUUACACGAAACGAUUUCCUCAAAAAUCUACUGCCACGAUUGUACUGAUUCUAAAAAUGAGAUCAAUGACUUGCCUUACUUCAUUUUCAGAAGCGUUUGAAAAAUAUACCAGUUCAUUUUUUUGGAAUGUUCACUCGCUUUCCUAAAGAUUUUUUUUUCACUUGAUUCGACUAAUGGGACCGUUCAUAAACCGCUUGUAGACUUCAGCAGAUUUUUGCGAAACUAUGUUUUCGAACUCACCGUAUGUGUCCCCUGGUUUACUAAUACUUGAAAUCAAUACAACUCCGUUGACUAAUUUUUGAGAUGAGGCAUAUUUGAGAUAAAGAUGAUCACAAAUGAGAAUCUUCAAUCAACUUUAGCUUAAAACACAUACCCCAAACAAGAAUUUUAGUGCCUUAUAGCAUUUUCGUAAGCUAUAGCGAUGAAAUUGCUACACCCAGAUUUGAGUUAUAGAAUUGUACAUUCCAAUAAAACUGCUCAUAUGAGGAAUAGUUUUGGUACUAUAACAUGUACGUUACACAUAAAUUCUUUAUCUCGUUUAAAGAAAUUGAGAUUAAUAAACUGAUCAUUGUAGAGAAUUAUUUCUAGGUUUCAUACAAAUAAUGUAACUGAUACGAUACGAUUUGUGUAAGAGUUUUCAGAAAACCUUGACGUAUUUACUUUUAAUUUUUUUCCAAAAAUAAAGUGUUUUUGGAAGAGUUGAUUGUAUCGGAGAAAUGUUUUUCUAAAGAAUGGUAUUUUCUUUGAACUGUUUUACAUAGCGUGUUUUUAACGUUAAUGAAAGUACAAUAAGUCACUAAACGCAAUUAUAUAUAUUGUUAGUAUUGCAUUUUUAUUUUAAAUUUUCGAAUGACUUCCCAGUUACUUGUACAGCGAUGGUACUGAGGCUAGAUGUACUACUAAUAAUUAAUUAAUCCAUUUAAUAUUGUGUUAAACUACGAGUUCUAACUUUGAAUAAUAUAGCCUUACACUACAAUGACAAAACUUAAUUCUUUCUCAUUUGAUGUGAUUUGUCCAAAGUAAAAAUCUUUUCUAAACAAAUUCGUUUGACAGUUUUUGAAAAUCUUGUCAACUCUAUCAUCCCUUAGAGAUCAAGGUUACCGUUCUGUUGUAAUCAUUUAAGUCUAAUUUCAUAAAUUCGAAUAUUGCAUGUGCAUGGCGCUUCAGAAUCAAAAUGUUGUGCAACAAAAGGCUAUAUCGAUACAAUAAGUAAUCAAUAGUUUUUCCAUUAAAAUGUACAAGAUUAUAAAUCUGAAUGAAAUUGAAUUAUUUUUAAAAGUAAAAUUUAAAAAAAUUUAAAUCGUAAAGUUAUACAACAGAAGUUAUUUUUAAGAAUCAUCAGAUUAUGUUUAUUAUAUAAAUCAUUUAUGCUUGUUUAGAAUAAUAUACCGAAUGCGUUAAUUGUUCCGAAAAUCCUUGGUAUACAGUGAAUCAACUAGAGUGUUGUAGUUUUUUAAUUUAACUAUCAGGCCAGUCCUAGUCCUGUGGUGUCCCGUACUGUAUCUAGCAA